AUGACUGAGGUAUCGUCCACCCGCCUUUAUCUUGGGAACCUUCCCCGCAAUGUCACCAAAGGAGACAUCGAGGAACACUUCAGCAGCCAUGGCUCGGGUAAGAUUACCGAGAUCAAGCUAAUGAAUGGCUUUGGCUUUAUCGAAUAUGAGGAUGCACUGGAUGCUCGGGAUAUUGUGCCUGAUGGGAGUGAAUUCAAAGGCGAGCGUCUCACCGUUCAGUUUGCCCGCGGGCCCCGACGCAAGGAAGCUUUCCCCGGACCCCCAGAGCGCAACAAUCUCCCGCGUCCACGUCGUACGGUAUUCCGGAUGCAGAUCUCCGGUCUUCCAGAAACAAGUUGGCAGGACUUGAAAGACUUUGCCCGCCAGUCCGGACUGGAUGUGGUAUACUCUGAGACAGGCCGCGAACAGGGCCGAGGGUUUGUGGAAUUCGAAACCGCCAACGACCUCAAAACCGCCGUGGAGAAACUGGACCAGCAUGAGUUCAAAGGAUCGCGCGUCACCUGCGUCGCCGAUGUAAGCGCCCAACCUGGCUCGGACCCGGAGAACUCGCCUCUCACCAUUUCCCAGAUCCAAGCCUUUGAGGAACGUCCCGUUCGCGACCCUUACCGGUCCCGUUCCCCUCGUCGCCCAUACCCAACUCCCAUGGAUGAGUACGACCGUCGGAUUCCUCCUCCUCGUGGCUACAGUCCUCGGGAUCACUACCGUGAGCGGUCCCCGAUCCCCAUGCGCCGGGACUACUAUGAACGGGAUGGCUAUGCCCGCCGGACUCCCCCUCGCCCGCGGAUGGAAGACUACCCCCCACCCCGUCGCCCCUACGAAGACCCCUACCCUCCUCCACACCCCGCGCCACUAUGA